AUGGAGAUGGGUGUGUGGGAUGGGAUAAAGUGGUCAAAGGGGCCUGGGACUCCAACAGGUGUACCAUGGCUUGAUCAAACUGCAUUUGCAUCAAUUGUUGAUGAGUUUGAGCUGAUGUUGCUAAGUGAGUAUGUAGAGCAUUUGAAAAAUUUGG